AUGUUUGUCGACCACAUGUUUGUCGACCACAUGUUUGUCGACCACAUGUUUGUCGACCACAUGUUUGUCGACCACAUGUUUGUCGACCACAUGUUUGUCUACCACAUGUUUGUCGACCACAUGUUUGUCGACCACAUGUUUGUCUACCACAUGUUUGUCGACCACAUGUUUGUCGACCACAUGUUUGUCGACCACAUGUUUGUCGACCACAUGUUUGUCGACCACAUGUUUGUCGACCACAUGUUUGUCGACCACAUGUUUGUCGACCACAUGUUUGUCGACCACAUGUUUGUCGACCACAUGUUUGUCGACCACAUGUUUGUCGACCACAUGUUUGUCGACCACAUGUUUGUCGACCACAUGUUUGUCGACCACAUGUUUGUCGACCACAUGUUUAUCGACCACAUGUUUGUCGACCACAUGUUUGUCGACCACAUGUUUGUCGACCACAUGUUUGUCGACCACUCCUAG